AUGGUGUCAGCAGUGUGGUCUCUCUCUCUCUGUGCAGGGACGAAGAGUUUUGAGUACGGGGGCUCACACUGGCAUGAACGCUGCUUCACAUGCAGCCGCUGUCUUAAGGAGAUCGGCACUUCCAGCUUUGUCCCAAAGGGAGACGAGAUCUACUGUAUCUCCUGUAACGAGAAGAAAUUUUCCAAGCACUGUGUCCACUGCCGAAAGACCAUCACCAGCGGAGGACUGACCUAUCGUGAUGAGCCUUGGCACACAGAGUGCUUUGUGUGUAAGACAUGCCGGAAACAGCUGGGUGGUCAGCGAUUCACUGCACAUGAGAACUUUCUCUACUGUGUUGACUGCUACAGUAACUUCAUUGCCAAGAAGUGUGGUGUUUGUCACAAGCCGGUGACUGGGUUUGGAGGAGCUGAGGUUGUAACCUAUGAAGAACGUCAAUGGCACAGCGACUGCUUCAAGUGCAAGAAGUGUUACAGCUCCCUUAUCAACAAGCGUUUUGUUACCCACAACAGGGAUGUGUACUGCCCCGACUGCGCAAAGUCCCUGUAAAUCCUGGCUCAUGCCACUCAGUAAUGCAAAACACUUGAAUGGCACUUGCUGUUCAGAUCCAUUAACCUGUUAUUGCAAAGCUUUAGAAAGUAACCAAAUGCUUUUAAGGCAGUACAAUAGCACUUGCUUGCAAUCGUUUCAGAAUUUCUUUACUAUGACAGUCGUAUUUCCAGCAAUGCUAAGUAUUAACCUCCAGCAUGGAAAAUAGCUAAAGGUUUCAAAUAAAAUCUUAAGUUUAAUUCAAAUGGCUGCAAUAAUUUUGUGACUUUAUAAAUGAGCUUCUUAAAACUGUAAAAAUAAUAAAAAGCUUGAAUAAUACUUAAUCAUAUACGAUGCUUUUGACUCUGUACUACUGUGGUAUUUGACUGCAUGCAUUACUCACCCAGGCAUCUUGUCACUUCAGGGGUCGGUUUUUUUUUCUUGCAAUGAAAUGUACUGGUUUAAAAUUUAAAUCAGUUUCCAUCCCAUAAUACCAUAUGCAGGAUGCUGCGGAACUAUGAUUGCUUUGAGAUAUUUUCGUAUAUGAUGUGGAUCACAUACAAUUCAAGCUGUAUCAGGCUUCCAUGUCGAUACUGAAAUGUUCUUCCAUGGUGAUACUAAACAAUUUGGAUAGCAGACUGAUGUUUUUUGUUUUUAUCCAGCCUCAAAACAAUUAAUGUUUUAAACACACAACUGUGCAGGCGUGAAUGUUCUUGUUUAUAUUCCAGUGAAUACACAUUUGUUCAGUAUGUACCUUUGGAUUUGUUUGCACACUAAUGAUAGUUAGACUCCAAUUUACUGUUGCUUUUGCAAUGACUAACCAUGUUUGCCAUGUGGAAAUAUGUAAAUGGAAUAGUGUGUGACCUCAUAGCAUGCGGGGUCACUAUCCAAUUCAGUACCUGGACAAUCAAUGAAUUAUUUGCAGCAUGAUGACACUGUGCCUUAAUAAAAGGCUUUCAAACCUC